CAUCUGAAAACUCCAAUGAAUUCCAUUUACUUUUCAUGUAAUUAAAAACCAGACAUUAGUGAGAAACAUGCAUGAAAAGAAACAUGUAAUUUCUGUUGUGUUAUUUCAAAACAACUGGCUCCCUUUGUGACUAGUCUCUCCAGUGAAGUUAUUGGUUUAUGAAAAAUUAGUCGAUCAGCUUCCAAAGGAGGGCAAAACAGAAGAAAAUGUAGUAUUCUGUAUUUUUGUAAAUUUUCAACUAAAUGCCCACUGAUGCUGACAAGCCAAUUGUUUCCCCUGUCCAGAUGAGGUGGUGUCUCACUGUUCUCUUAGCAGUGCUGCAGCUCUGCAGCCCAGCGCUGCAGGCUGACCCACUGCUCUACAUCUCCCAGCUGCAGGAUGGGAAAGAAAAACCCAAGGCAUGGCUUAACCCCAUGCUGGAAGAUAUUGUCCCUUCACGGGAAGUCAUCAAACCACCUGAAAUCAAAACAAUCCCAGAAACUGAGACAGCCUCACACUCCAUUCCUAUGUUCAGUGAAUACACCAACCUCAAGUGGAUCACAUGGAGUGGUUCCCUCCCAAAUGGUGCUGUUGCCAUCUACAACGGCUACACUGAACGUACCGACUAUGUGUGCAAAGUCAACUGCGAGGCUGGUUUCUACACUCCCAGCAAAGGGAACUUCUGCCAGUACCCAUACGCUGACAAAGAAUAUGCAUCCUCCAAGUUUGAAGUGCUGGUCAACGUGGACCACUUUGAGUUCCUGGAAUGGGUUGAAGAUUCAUACGGGUCAGUCCCCAGCUAUGCCAUUAAGACCUGCCCUAACUCAGACAUCUAUGUGGGCAAAAACAAGUACGGUCUGGGUAAGGUGGUGACCCAACACGAGGCCUUCUUCCUCCCCUGGGAGGGAGAUGAGUACUGGUACAAGAAGUACCAUGUUCUUGCUAUCAACAGAGAGACCUACAGCCAGCACAUCUCUCAUGUGGAGUAUGGCAUCGACCAGAUGGAGCUGUUCCACCAUCCUCCGGAGGCCCUGAAGCUCGCCAAAGUCACCAACCUGGAAUGCGCAAGUGUAGAGAAGACAGUGAAGCUGGAGAAGACCAGUACUGUGGAGAAGACCUGGGACAUUGGCAGAGAGACCCGCAAUGGCUCUGUCUCCACCAUGACAGCCAAAAUACCCAUCCUUGGCCCAGGGACUGUGGACUUCACCAAGGAGCACAAGAUGACCUUCUCAGAGGGAACCAAAAUUGUGGAGUCUAUCAGUCACUCCAUCUCUGUGGACCUGGUGGUCCCACCCAACCACUCCUGCGCUGUGAGGAUGGAAGGCAGGAAGAUGAAGGCCAACAUCCCCUUCACUGGCAGGCUAAGCAGGACCAACCACAAUGGAGACACCCACUGGACGUACAUCACAGGCACCUACGACGGCAUGAGUGUUGGAGAGAUCAAUGCUGUGGUGGAGAGAUGUCAGCCAGUGACUGAUGCUGUUCCCUGCUCCUCAGCUGAAAACUGAUGAUCGAUCUAUUGAACAGCUCAGAAGUCAAAUGAUCAACAUGCAUGAUUCCAAAUAAA